AUGGCGCGCAAUUUGCUCCGCGUGGCGCGGCGGUUUAGCGCGGCGCCCGAGCCGACGGCGCCCGUGAAGUUGUUCGGGAUCCACGCGCGCUACGCGUCGGCCGCGUACGUGUCGGCGGCCAAGGAGGGCGCGACGGCCAAGGUCGAGACGGAGCUCCUCGCCUUCGCCGACGCCAUCGAGAAGUCGGCGAGCCUCAAGGACUUUGUCAAGAACCCGACGAUCGCCCGCGACGAGAAGGUCGCGGCGGUGGCGAAGCUCUUCGAGGGCUCGAAGACGAGCCACUUCACGACGAACACGCUCACGGCCCUCGCCGCGAACGCGCGCCUCUCCGAGGUCGACAAGGUCAUCGACGCCUACUCGACGCUCAUGAAGGCCGAGCGCAAGGAGGUCGACGCGGUCAUCACGUCCGCGACGGAGCUCACGGCCGCGCAGACGAAGAAGAUCUCCAAGGCCCUCGAGCCCCACCUCGGCGCCGGCGAGACCGUCAAGCUGACGACGGAGGUCGACCCGGCGCUCCUCGGCGGCCUCACGGUCCAGAUCGGCGACAAGUACCUCGACCUCUCCGCCGCGACGAAGAUCGCCGCGAUCUCCCGCUCGCUCUAG